AUGUCCUUCGCAGCCGGGCUGCGAGUAUCGGCACGAGCUCCAGCAGGGUCUGCAUCACCAAGCGGAUUGGAGCGACCGGACACCUCUGCUGAGGAGCUACGAGUGGAAUUUAGAAGAAUGACUUCAGAGCUCUCAGCGGCCCAACGCAAAAUCAAAGAACGCGAAAAGUCGUCUAACAAAAGCAGCGAUCUCGCUCGCAGGGAGAAGUCCCUCUCAGAAUGCAAGCUUAGCAACGCUAAGAGGGAGCUCAAGGCAGAGGCUGCAGAGCUGGACAAGGCUCAAAACCAGCAACGCCGCUUGGAGCACGAGAACGGGUCACUACAGGAGCGUAUCGCGCGUUGGGAGGAAGUCAAGAGAGUCGCUGAUGAGCAGCACAAAACAUCCGCACACGACCAGCACGAUGCUUUGGAAAGCAUGCGAAAGAAGCUCAAGAGGACAAACGAAGAGAUGGCUGACUUGUAUGGCUCCCUCGCUGCCCGCAAUACCCGCAUCAAGAUUCUGGAGACGCAAAGGUCUGCGGACAAAAGCGUCGCUGAAGAAGAGCUGCAAAAAGGCUGUGCAUCGUGCGCGAGAAGAGAAGGAUUUAGCGCUGCAAGAGCUACGUCUGAAUCUUUGGCGUGAAAUCAACAAGCUUGAAGACAAGCUGAGCGAGGUAAGCACAAGGCCCAGCAAUCGAUACUACGCUACAAGCAUAGCGCAACACUCACAAGCCGUGCGCCACUCAGAUUAGCGAGGAUUGCGAGGUCGGCCGUGAAUGGGAUUUGCAGGAAGCGAGGGACGAACGAACACAAGGCGACUCUUACGAUGCGGAUCCUUCACGUCGCGCCACGAGGAUUGCGCUCAGAAGAUUCAAGAAAAGACUUGAAGAUCGUGAAAGCGACGAUGAUGACUCCCCCAUUCGGUCCGACAGCCAGGAGUUACUUGAUACCUCGGCACAAAUGUGAGUCAAGCGCCGCUGACUCAUCCGCAUGCUACAGUCCACUGAAAAGCUAUCAUCACAGCGCAGGAUCAAUCUUACUCAAGGAAGGGCGCACCCUUGGCAAUGA